GCGCUCUGGCACGCUUGCGCGGAGAGUAGAACGUGUGGCGGCGGAGAUCGCGUUUUUUCGCUCCCAGUGCUACUGCUGCUCCUGUAAGAGUCGGCCGUGUCCCUACAGUCCGUCGCGCACAACCGGUCGCUCGCUUGCUCCUAAUAGCGGCGGCCUGUGAUCAACACCGACAGCCACAUUGACACCUCCACGCCGGACUGUCUCCUUACUGGCUGCCUUCCCAUCUCCACACAUGGCCUCUUCCGCGCAGAGCGGCGGCUCCUCCGGGGGACCAACGGUCCCCACCGUGCAGCGGGGCAUCGUCAAGAUGGUGCUUUCAGGGUGCGCCAUCAUUGUCCGCGGGCAGCCUCGUGGUGGGCCUCCUCCUGAGAGGCAGAUUAACCUUAGCAACAUUCGAGCUGGAAACCUUGCCCGCCGGGCGGCUGCAACGCAACCUGAUGCAAAAGAUACCCCUGAUGAGCCCUGGGCAUUUCCUGCUCGGGAGUUCCUUCGGAAGAAACUGAUCGGGAAGGAGGUCUGUUUCACGAUAGAAAACAAGACUCCUCAGGGGCGGGAGUAUGGCAUGAUCUACCUUGGGAAAGAUACGAAUGGGGAAAACAUUGCAGAAUCUCUAGUUGCAGAAGGCUUGGCCACCCGGAGAGAAGGCAUGAGAGCCAAUAAUCCUGAACAGAACCGGCUUUCAGAAUGUGAAGAGCAAGCGAAGGCAGCCAAGAAAGGGAUGUGGAGUGAGGGGAACGGUUCACAUACUAUCCGGGACCUCAAGUAUGCAAUUGAGAACCCAAGGCACUUUGUGGACUCACACCAUCAGAAGCCUGUCAAUGCUAUCAUCGAGCACGUGCGGGACGGCAGUGUGGUCAGGGCUCUGCUCCUCCCGGAUUACUACUUGGUCACGGUCAUGCUGUCAGGGAUCAAGUGCCCAACUUUUCGACGGGAAGCAGAUGGCAGUGAAACACCAGAGCCUUUUGCUGCAGAAGCCAAAUUUUUCACCGAGUCUCGCCUGCUUCAGAGAGAUGUUCAGAUCAUUCUGGAGAGCUGCCACAACCAGAACAUUCUGGGUACCAUCCUUCAUCCAAAUGGGAACAUCACAGAGCUCCUCCUGAAGGAAGGUUUUGCUCGCUGCGUGGAUUGGUCGAUUGCAGUUUACACUCGGGGUGCAGAAAAGCUGAGGGCAGCAGAGAGGUUUGCCAAGGAGCGUAGGCUGAGAAUAUGGAGAGAUUAUGUGGCUCCCACUGCUAAUUUGGACCAAAAGGACAAGCAGUUUGUUGCCAAGGUGAUGCAGGUGUUGAAUGCUGAUGCCAUUGUUGUGAAGCUGAACUCUGGCGACUACAAGACUAUCCACCUGUCUAGCAUCCGACCACCAAGGCUGGAGGGGGAGAACACACAGGAUAAGAACAAGAAACUGCGUCCUCUGUAUGACAUUCCUUACAUGUUUGAAGCUCGGGAAUUCCUUCGAAAGAAGCUUAUUGGAAAAAAGGUCAAUGUGACUGUAGACUACAUCAGACCUGCCAGCCCAGCCACAGAGACGGUGCCUGCCUUUUCAGAACGUACCUGUGCCACUGUGACCAUUGGAGGAAUAAACAUUGCUGAGGCCCUUGUCAGCAAAGGUCUGGCCACGGUGAUCAGAUACCGGCAGGAUGACGACCAGCGAUCCUCUCACUAUGAUGAGCUGCUUGCUGCAGAGGCCAGAGCUAUUAAGAACGGCAAAGGACUGCAUAGCAAGAAGGAAGUGCCUAUCCACCGUGUCGCAGACAUAUCUGGGGACACCCAGAAAGCAAAGCAGUUCCUGCCCUUCCUCCAGCGGGCAGGUCGUUCCGAAGCAGUGGUGGAAUACGUCUUCAGUGGGUCCCGUCUCAAGCUAUAUUUGCCAAAGGAAACGUGCCUUAUCACCUUUUUGCUUGCAGGUAUUGAAUGCCCCAGAGGAGCCCGAAACCUCCCAGGCUUGGUGCAGGAGGGAGAGCCCUUCAGCGAAGAAGCAAUGCUCUUCACCAAGGAACUGGUGCUGCAGCGAGAGGUAGAAGUGGAGGUAGAGAGCAUGGACAAAGCCGGCAACUUCAUCGGUUGGCUGCACAUUGACGGCGCCAAUCUGUCCGUGUUGCUGGUGGAGCACGCACUCUCCAAAGUCCACUUCACUGCUGAGCGCAGCUCCUACUACAAAUCCCUGCUAUCUGCCGAGGAGGCCGCCAAGCAGAAGAGAGAGAAGGUCUGGGCCCACUACGAGGAGCAGCCCGUGGAGGAGGUGACACCCGUGCUGGAGGAGAAGGAGCGCUCAGCCAGCUACAAGCCAGUGUUUGUGACAGAGAUCACCGACGACCUGCACUUCUAUGUGCAGGAUGUGGAGACCGGUACUCAGCUGGAGAAGCUGAUGGAGAACAUGCGAAACGACAUCACCAGCCACCCCCCUGUCGAGGGCUCCUAUGCCCCACGCCGGGGAGAGUUCUGCAUUGCCAAGUUUGAAGAUGGAGAGUGGUACCGUGCCCGCAUAGAGAAAGUCGAGUCUCCUGCCAAAGUACAUGUCUUCUACAUCGACUAUGGCAACAGAGAGAUCCUGCCGUCCACCCGCCUGGGUGCCCUGCCACCUGCCUUUAGCACUCGUGUGCUGCCAGCUCAAGCCACAGAGUAUGCCUUCGCCUUCAUCCAGGUGCCCCAAGACGAGGAUGCUCGGACAGACGCUGUGGACAGCGUGGUGCGAGAUAUCCAGAACACUCAGUGCCUGCUCAACGUGGAACACCUGAGCGCCGGCUGUCCCCAUGUCACCCUGCAGUUCGCUGAUUCCAAGGGUGAUGUGGGCCUGGGCUUGGUGAAGGAGGGGCUGGUCAUGGUGGAGGUGCGCAAGGAGAAGCAGUUCCAGAAAGUGAUUACAGAAUACCUGAAUGCCCAGGAGUCAGCCAAGAGUGCCAGGCUGAACCUUUGGCGCUAUGGAGACUUCCGCGCUGAUGACGCAGAUGAGUUUGGCUACAGCCGCUAAGGAGGGACUUGGGUCUGGCCCCCGGCACUGCUCACGCCAGUUCCUCUGCCUCUACCAGGAGGAUGUUUUCAGCUCCAGACCCCAGAUCAGGGGUGUAGAUUGGGUCCAGCUUUGCUUCAGUGUGGAAAUGUCUUAUUAGGGCAACACCUGGGCUCAGGGUAGGGUGGGGGGUACCCAAAGCUUUCAGGGGGCAGGCCAUUGCCUUCCAAGGUGAAAGGUACUGCUCUGUUCUCCACAGUAUCUCCCAGAUGAUUUUGUUUUUGAUUGGGGGUUUGGUUUUUUUAAAUUGUCCUCAAAUCAGGAAGAAACAUGAAAGAUGUUGUCCUAACAGAGGGUGUGAUCCUGGCGCCCCACCCAGACUGCCUUUCCCCACCUCUCCAUCCAGCUAUUAAUUAUGUGAUUUCUGAUAUGUCCAUUCCCAAAUGCCAGUUUGUCUACAUCUGCCCCUGCGUCAUCCCUCCGCCACUUCUGUAUUUAAAGCUUUGGAGGCCCAAUAAAAUAGUACUUGCUGUCUGCA